AUGUCUCGUCCAGAAGAUUUGGCGCCGCCAGAGGUUUUUUACAAUGAUACCGAGUCUCAAAAGUAUACGUCUUCGACUAGAGUUCAACACAUUCAAGCCAAAAUGUCUUUACGGGCUUUGGAACUCUUGAACUUAUCAGACAUGUCCUUCGUACUCGAUAUAGGUUGUGGCUCAGGUCUCAGUGGGGAAAUUUUGAGCGAGGAAGGUCACAUUUGGUGCGGCGUGGAUAUUUCGCCCUCAAUGUUGGCCACAGGUCUCACCCGAGAACUUGACGGUGAUCUGAUGUUGCACGAUAUGGGCCAAGGCCUGCCGUUCAGAGCCGGUACUUUUGACGCGGCUAUGAGUAUCAGUGCCAUCCAGUGGCUGUGUAACGCAGACACUUCAUACAAUGAUCCUAAGAAACGUUUGAUGCGUUUUUUCAACACACUUUUCGCAUGUUUGAAGAAAGGCGGUAAAUUUGUGGCCCAAUUUUACCCAAAGAAUGACGAUCAGAUCCAGCAAAUCUUGGGCGCCGCAAAGGUGGCAGGGUUCAGUGGUGGUCUGGUAGUAGAUGAUCCAGAAUCCAAAAAGAACAAGAAGUAUUACCUGGUCUUAAGUUCUGGUUCUUCUAACGAGGACGAACAGGUCAAUCUGGAAGGUGUGACUAUGAACGCAGAUGAAAUGAUCAAGGUUCGUCGCGAUAGAAAGAAGCUCACGGAAUCUAACAAGAACUACAUUCAGCGUAAGAAGGAUCUCAUGCGCAAGAGAGGUAGAUCUGUGGCCAAGGACUCCAAGUUUACCGGCCGGAAGCGUAGAAGUCGGUUUUGA